AUGAAUUUAAAACUGCAAGGAAAGAAUAACCUUGUCUGUGAUCUCUACAGAAUUAUUACAACAUUUCGGAGAAAGCUAUCAUUGUUUGAAGCACAACUUGAAGGAGGAAACUUCUCUCAUUUUCAGUGCUUUCAAGAGUUUUGCACAGAAAAUGUGGAACAUGUUAACCUCAAGUUACAUAAAAAAAUUAUUCAGGACGUAAAUAAGCAUUUUUCUCAAAGAUUUUCAGAUCUUGACAGAAUUGAGAAUGAAAUUCUUUUGUUUGAGAAUCCUUUUGGCUAUAAUCUUGAUAAUAUGCCAACUGAACUACAACUGGAGCUUAUUGACUUGCAAUCUAAUACCUUGUUGAAAGAGAAGCACAGAGAAGGAAAACUCAUUGAAUUUUAUCACUGCUUGCCUGCUGAUAAAUUUUCAAAAUUGAAAAAAUUUGCCUCAGGCAUGGCAUCAGUUUUUUGGAACAACUUAUGUUUGUGA